AUGCCCCGCGGCCCGAGCCCCAGCAGCCCCGCGCCGCUGCUGCGCCCCCUCCUCCUGCUCCUCUGCGCUCUGGCUAGCGGCGCCCCCGGACCCGCACCAGGGCGCGUAACUGAGGGCCGGACGGCCCUGGACAUUGUGCACCCGGUGCGUGUGGACGCUGGGGGCUCCUUCCUGUCCUAUGAGCUGUGGCCGCGCGCGCUGCGCAAGCGGGACGUGUCUCGGCACCAAGACGCGCCCGCCUUCUACGAGCUGCAGUACCACGGGCGGGAGCUGCGCUUCAACCUCACCACCAACCGGCACCUGCUGGCACCCGGCUUCGUGAGCGAGACGCGGCGGCGUGGCGGCCUGGGCCGCGCACACAUCCGGGCCAGCGCCCCUGCCUGCCACCUGCUUGGAGAGGUGCAGGAUCCCCAGCUCGAAGGUGGCCCGGCGGCCAUCAGCGCCUGCGACGGCCUGAAAGGUAUGUUCCAGCUCUCCAACGAGGACUACUUCAUUGAGCCCCUGGACAGCACCCCAGCCCGGCCUGGUCAUGCCCAGCCCCACGUGGUGUACAAGCGCCAAGUCCCUGAGAAGCGGGCAGAGCUGGGAGAAUCUGGUGCUCCAGGCACCUGUGGGGUGCAAGCAUCCCUGGAGCUGGAAGCUCGACGGGAGCGUUGGGAGCAGCGGCAGCAGUGGCGGCGGCCGAGGCGUCUACGCCAGCGCUCGGUCAGCAGAGAGAAGUGGGUGGAGACUCUGGUGGUAGCUGACGCCAAAAUGGUGGAGUACCAUGGGCAGCCAAAUGUCGAGAGCUACGUGCUGACCAUCAUGAACAUGGUGGCUGGCCUGUUUCAUGACCCCAGCAUUGGGAACCCUAUCCACAUCACCAUCGUGCGCCUGGUCCUGCUGGAAGACGAGAAUGAAGACCUCAAGAUCACACACCAUGCAGACAAAACCCUGAGGAGCUUCUGCAAGUGGCAAAAAAGCAUCAACAUGAAGGGAGACAGCAACCCGCUGCACCAUGACACUGCCAUCUUGCUCACCAGGAAGGACCUGUGUGCGGCCAUGAAUCAGCCCUGCGAGACCCUGGGCCUGUCCCAUGUGGCAGGCAUGUGCCAGCCACACCGCAGCUGCAACAUCAACGAGGACACAGGGCUGCCGCUGGCCUUCACUGUGGCCCAUGAGCUGGGACACAGCUUUGGCAUUCAGCAUGACGGAAGCGGCAAUGACUGUGAGCCUGUUGGGAAACAGCCUUUCAUCAUGUCUCCACAGCUCCUGUACGACGCCAUUCCCCUCACCUGGUCCCGCUGCAGCCGCGAGUACAUCACCAGGUUCCUCGACCGCGGGUGGGGCCUGUGCCUGGACGACUCUCCUGCCAAGGACGUCAUCGACUUCCCCUUAGUGCCGCCUGGUGUGCUCUAUGAUGUGAACCAUCAGUGUCGCCUCCAGUAUGGGAGCUAUUCCAACUUCUGCAAUGACAUGGAUAAUAUCUGCCACACACUCUGGUGCUCCGUGGGGACCACCUGUCACUCCAAGCUGGAUGCAGCUGUGGAUGGCACCAGGUGUGGGGAGAGCAAGUGGUGUCUCAAUGGGGAGUGCGUGCCUGCGGGCUUCCGGCCCGAGGCUGUGGAUGGUGGCUGGUCCGGCUGGAGCGCCUGGUCCGUCUGCUCGCGGAGCUGUGGCGUGGGUGUGCAGAGCACUGAGCGACAGUGCACGCAGCCUGUGCCCAAAUACAGGGGCAAAUAUUGCGUGGGUGAGCGGAAGCGCUUCCGCCUCUGCAACCUGCAGGCCUGCCCCCCCGGCUACCCCUCCUUCCGCCAGGUCCAGUGCAGCCACUUUGAUGCUAAGUUCUACAACGGCCAGCUGCACACAUGGGUGCCUGUGGCCAAUGACGUGAACCCCUGCGAGCUGCACUGCCGGCCCUUGAACGAGUCCUUUGCCGAGAAGCUACGGGACGCUGUGGUUGAUGGCACCCCCUGCUACCAGAGCCAGGCCAGCCGUGACCUCUGCAUCAACGGCAUCUGUAAGAAUGUGGGCUGCGACUUCCAGAUUGACUCAGGCGCUGUGGAGGACCGCUGCGGCGUGUGCCACGGCAACGGCUCCACCUGCCACACCGUGAGCAGGACCUUCGAGGAGGCCGAGGGCCUGGGGUACGUGGACGUGGGGCUGAUCCCAGCUGGUGCACACGAGAUCCGCAUCGAGGAGGUGGCCGAGGCUGCCAACUUCUUGGCCCUGCGGAGUGAGGACCCUGAUAAGUACUUCCUUAAUGGUGGCUGGACCAUCCAGUGGAACGGGGACUACCAGGUGGCGGGCACCACCUUCACAUACACACGCAAGGGCAACUGGGAGAACCUCACAUCCCCAGGACCCACCAUGGAGCCUGUCUGGAUCCAGCUCCUGUUCCAGGAGAGCAACCCUGGGGUGCGUUACGAGUACACCAUCCAGAGGGAGGCAGAUGGCCCCAACGAGGUCCAGCCACUUGAGUUCUCCUGGCACUAUGGGCCCUGGACCAAGUGCACAGUCACCUGUGGCACAGGCGUGCAGAGACAGAGUGUGCACUGCAUGGAGCGGCAGGCAGGACCUGUGGAUGAGGAACACUGUGACCCCCUGACCCGGCCCGAUGACCACCAGAGGAAGUGCAACGAGGAGCCCUGCCCUGCUAGGUGGUGGGCAGGUGAGUGGCAGCUGUGCUCCAGCUCCUGCGGGCCUCGGGGCCUUUCCCGCCGGGCUGUGCUCUGCAUCCGCAGCGUGGGGCUGGAUGAGCACAAGGCCCUGGAGCUGUCCGCCUGUGAGCACCUUCCCCAGCCCCUUGACGAAACCCCUUGCAACCGCCACGUGCCCUGUCCAGCCACCUGGGCUGUGGGGAACUGGUCUCAGUGCUCAGUGACAUGCGGGAUGGGCACUCAGCACCGAAGUGUCCUCUGCACCAAUGACACUGAUGUCCCCUGCGAUGAGGCCCAGCGGCCAGCAAGCAAGACCACCUGCCCUCUGCCACCCUGUCUGCAGCCCCUGGACAGGCUGGGGCCUGAAGGCUCAGGCAGCGGCUCCAGCCAUGAGCUCUUCAAUGAGGUUGACUUCAUCCCGCGUCACCUGGUCCCACGCCCUUCACCACCCUCAUCCCCUGAUCUGGCCAGCAUGGGCAAUGCCAUCCAGGAGGAGGACCUGAAGCUGGACCUGCCGGGACCCGUGUUUGUUGAUGAUUUCUACUAUGACUACAAUUUCAUUAACUUCCACGAGGACCUGUCUUAUGGGCCCUUUGAGAAGCCCGACUCAGACCUGGCAGGAACAGGGGGUUGGACGCCCCCACCUUGGAGCAGUACUGCUGAGCCCCCCCCUGUCACAGAGACUACUGGGGUCAAGGAGGAAGGGGUCCUAGGAACCCGAUCCCCUGGCCCUUGGCCUAGCCAGGCUGACCCUUCCCCACCGCCGCCCUUGGAGCAGACCCCCAGAAACCCCUUGGUCAAUUUCUUGUCUGAGGAAGACGCCCCCAUUGGGGUCCCAGACCUUGGGCUCAGCAGCUUACCCUGGCCCCUUGCUUCAGUCCAUGGCAUGGAGACCCCUGCUGCCCCUGGGAAUGAAAAUGAGUUCCUAAUGGGGGAGGACAGCAAGAACCAGCUGCACCCCCCAUGGCAGGACGGGGCCAAUGAGGUUUCCAAGGACGAUGAGGAGCCCACAGGCCGCAGAGCACCCCACCUCCCCCAGACACCCAGCUCCACACUGUCCCCUUUGUCCUCCGCUGGCACUACGCCCUUGUCUCCUAGUCCUGACAUGGUGCAGCUGUGGACAGGAAAGACUGUGGCCUGGGAACCAGCUUUGGAGAGGGACCUGGGGCCUUUGGACAAUGAGCUGUGGCCCAUCAUGGGGGCGGCUCCUCCCCUUCCUCCUCCCAUAGCUAAUCUGCCAGAGAUUAGGGGCAGAGACAAUCUCGUGGAGCCGGGGACUCCCACCUUUUCAACCCCACGACUGGGCUCACAGGACCUGCAGACUCUGGCAGUGCCAGGGCCCUUCCUUCCAACAGCGCUGGCUGGCCAAGGGCACAUGCCCUGGGUGACUGAGGCCCCCAGCCCUGAGGCAUCCCUGAGCUCUGUGUUGCUGCUGCCCACGCCAGCUCAGGACAGUCCCGCCGACAGCGGCAGAGCCCCCGAGACCCAGCCUCUGGACCCCAGCCUGGCCGACGAGGGGCACCCUGUGGACCUGCCGGCUGCCAGAAAUGCCAGCUGGCAAGUGGGGAACUGGAGCGAGUGCUCCACCACCUGCGGCCUGGGCGCCGUCUGGAGGCCGGUACACUGCAGCUCUGGCCGUGAUGAGGACUGUGCCCCUGCUGGCCGGCCCCAGCCUGCCCGCCACUGCCACCUGCGGCCCUGUGCUGCCUGGCACAUGGGCAACUGGAGUAAGUGCUCCCGCAGUUGCGGUGGAGGCUUCUCCUUGCGGGAUGUGCAGUGUGUGGACACACGGGACCUCCGGCCGCUGAGACCCUUCCACUGCCAACCCGGGCCUGCCAAGCCGCCCACCCGCCAGCCCUGUGGGGCACAGCCCUGCCUCAGCUGGUACAUCUCUUCCUGGAGAGAGUGCUCUGAGGCCUGUGGCGGCGGCGAACAGCAGCGUCUGGUGACCUGCCCAGAGCCGGGCCUCUGCGAGGAGGCACUGAGACCCAACACCACACGGCCCUGCAACACCCACCCCUGCACGCAGUGGGUGGUGGGGCCCUGGGGCCAGUGCUCAGCCCCCUGUGGUGGUGGCAUCCAGCGGCGCCUGGUCAAGUGUGUCAACACCCAGAAGGGGCUGCCCGAGGAAGACAGUGACCAGUGUGGCCACGAGGCCCGGCCUGAGAGCUCCCAGCCAUGUGGCACCAAGAAUUGUGAGCUCAUCGAGGCCCCACGCUGUGAGCAGGAUCGCCUGUCCUUUGGUUUCUGUGAGACGCUGCGCCUCCUGGGCCGCUGCCAGCUACCCACCAUCCUCUCCCAGUGCUGCCGCACGUGUCCUCCACUGGGCCACAGUGUCCCCUCCCGAGGCCAUCAGCGGGUUGCCUACCGCUGA